AUGUUUACUCCAGGUCUUAUGGCCUCGAAAACUGCACGAGUGGAGAUGAAUGGGGAAGGUUUGUGGCUGACUGCACCAACGUGGAGGAAGGUGCCUACAUGGACCGAUGCAACAGUACAGGGUUUGGGGAUGGUCUUUUUGAGUCGUUCCAGGUGUUCUCCUAUAUCACAGCUCGGAAUGCUGUCAGAAAUCGUCCAAAUUCCCCCCUAA